CAUAAAGACGCGUGUGUUGGUUGUGUCGGUGGUGUUAACCCAUGAUUAGAGGGGAAUGAGUGCGAGGAGAGAGAGAACGGAUCGAUCUUAUGCUAUUAGUCAACGAACGCUAUCGUGCAGUGGAAACGGGGGCUCCAGUUAUGCGAUUUUUCCUGGAUCUAUAAUAAAAAAGAUCUGCAUGUAAAAAGGGUGUAUCUGGGGAUCGCGAUUCCACGUUGAGAAUUCGCGUUCUUCGGUGCUCGGGUUUAAUAAAAGAAAAAAGAAAACAACUGUGUAUAAUAAGUCGUCCUAUCAAAAGAAUUGGUGGGGAUUGACUCGUGUGGACGACGGCUCUCUGUGGUGUGGGGAAACUUGAAAGUAAAGGAAAGCAAAGCGGAAAUAUAAGAAGAAUAAGAUAUAAAAAUAAGAAGAAGAAGAAGAAGAAGAAGAAGAAGAAGAAGAAGAAGAAAAAGAAAAAAAAGCUAUUAAGUAAAGAGAAGUUAAGGACAGCGGAAGAACGGAAAGAUUGGCCGGUUUAACGGCGGUGGAGGACUCUAUUGGGGUUUGGGUGGAGGAUAAGCGAGGAAGGGAAAAGGAAAGUUAAGUAAAGAAGGGCUUGGCUACCGUUAGUUCAUCGUUUUCGAGGAAUAUCGUCUUCGUAACGGGGAAGCUAUCCGCCGAACGGAAGGACCGUUCAUUCGUUUUUUCACUCUCUCUUUCUCCUUUUCUCUCUCUUCUUCCCUCCCUCUUAAGAAGGCGGUUUUACAGCUACGGCACGUUAAAGGAACACUCCUGCUAAAAUACCGGGGCAGUAUCGGAUAAUAAUUAUCACCUACGACAUUUGUGUGUUUUUGUGUAAUAGGUCGUAGCGUCGAAUACGUAAAAUAAAAAAUGGCGGAUACAAGUCAGCAGGAACUUUCGGAACCUCAUACAAAUGGGGCAAUGGAUGGGCUUACAGAGGAAGAAAAAAGCAAAAUAAGGCCUGCAGACAUUGAUGCUGACAUGAGAGAAAUGGAAAGAAGAAAGAGAGUCGAAAUGAUGAUGAAUUCACGAUUAUUCAGGGAAGAAUUGGAACGUAUAAUUGAAACGCAAAUGAAAGAUGGCGCCGGACCCUCAGGUCUUUUACAACAGAUCUCCGAUAUGAUGGGUGCACAAGGAGCACGUUUCAAUGGAAAUGUAUUUAAAAAUUCUAAUUGUGUCGUGCCUAUCAAUGAUAUUCGCGGAGUCGAGAGUAUGGGCUAUGCGAAAGGUGAAAAGUUAUUGCGUUGUAAACUUGCUGCGGUAUUUAGAUUACUCGAUUUAUAUGGAUGGACACAAAAUGUAGGCGGUCAAAUGACGGCCCGCUUAAAUCAGGAUCAAGAACACUUUUUGGUUAAUCCUUUUGGAUUACUUUAUCACGAAAUAACGGCUUCUAGUUUGAUUAAGGUCGAUAUGCAAGGUUCUGUCGUUGAACAAGGAACAACAAAUUUUGGUAUACAUCUUAUGGGAUUUCAAUUACAUUCAACGAUACAUGCUGCUCGACCUGACAUCAAAUGUAUCAUUCAUAUUUCUACUCCGUCCGUUACUGCUAUUUCUUCCUUAAAAUGUGGUUUACUGCCAAUUGGACAGGAAAGUAUAGUUAUCGGUGAAGUAAGUUCGCAUCAUUAUGUUGGUGGAAUGCUUGACCCAGAAGAAAGAGAGAAAAUUACUAGAAAUCUUGGUCCUAUAAACAAAGUCAUGUUAUUAACUAAUCGUGGUGCUCUCUGUUGUGGUGAAACAGUCGAAGAAGCGUUUUACAAUGUAUACAAUACUGUAUUGGCCUGUGAAACGCAAUUAAAAUUAAUGCCAGCUGGUCUAGACAAUUUAAAUCUUAUUUCGGAAGAAUCGAAGAAAACGAUUUUCGAAGCAUCAAGAAAGCCUCCAAUUCCUCAACAACAUAUUGCAGCACCAGAGUCAACAGUAAUUACUGAAAAAUUAGAAAAACGUUGGAGAAUAGGUGGAACUGAAUUUGAAGCGCUUAUGAGGAUGCUCGAUAAUGCCGGUUUUCGCACAGGUUAUAUAUAUAGAAAUCCACUUGUAAAAGGAGAGCCUCCAAAACCACGAAACGAUGUAGAGGUACCACCAGCAGUUUCAUCUUUGGGAUAUUUGCUCGAAGAAGAAGAAUUGUAUAAGCAGGGGCUUUGGAAAGGUGGUCGUAAAGGUACCGAUAGGUCACGUUGGUUAAAUUCACCGAAUGUGUAUCAAAAGGUGGAGAUAUUGGAAACUGGUACUCCUGAUCCGAAGAAAAUUACAAAGUGGGUGUCCGAUGGAUCUCCGACCCAUAGCAGUACCCCAGUGAAGAUUGAUGGUGCUCUCCAGUUUGUACCUAAAAACACUAAUCCGAAAGAAUUCAAACAAAUUCAACAGCAGAUAAAAGACUAUCGUAGAGCAGAUAAAAUAUCAGCUGGACCACAAUCCCACAUAUUGGAAGGUGUAACGUGGGAAGAAGCGAAAAAAAUGCAGGAUGCUACGAUCAGUGGUACUGGAGAGCAAGUUGUACUUGUAGGAGCAGCUAGUAAGGGUAUCAUACAAAGAGGGUUUCAACAUAAUGCAAUGGUUUACAAGACACCUUACGCCAAAAAUCCAUUUGAUGCCAUUACAGAUCAGGAAUUAGAUCAAUAUAAGAAGGAGAUAGAGCGCAAGCAGAAGGGCGAUCCUUAUGACGAAUCACAAUCGGAAUCUGAGGCAUUGUCGUCAUUUAACAUCAGUCGUGCAACACACGAAUCUAGCACUGCCAAGAGUCCAAUUCAAUCACCAGUCUCUGUUACAUCAGAGACUGAGGAAGAGAGUAGAGAUGAACCUAGAGUUUUACGGAUAGAAACGAAACAAGUGCCUGCGCCCAGUCAACCAGAAGUCGUUUUAAGUGACGCGUAUGCAACUACGGAGUUCCUCAAUGAAAUGAGACGUGCUGCGAUUGAAGCAGAAAGUGAUAUUAGCAGGCAAGGAGAAAAUACCGUAAACGGCGAUCACUCGGACGCCCAUCACAGUACAUUUUCUCAAAGUAGCAAGGAGGGUUCCAUGUCGCAGGACGUGAGUGUUAGCGAGGAAUCGCCGAAGAAGGAGAAAAAGAAGAAGAAGGGCCUUAGGACGCCAUCGUUUCUUAAGAAGAAAAAGGAAAAGAAGAAGUCGAUCGAGGCGUAGGUAGCCAUAUAAUGAAGACACUGCCACGAAGAAAAGCUUACCGUUAAUACGAAGAAGCGAACACGAAUUUUUUUCCGAGCUAAGCACGAAUGUGAAAUGUUGUAAACCUUUAGAAUCAUGGAAAAUGAAGGCACACACACUCAGACGACCAAUAA